CAAACACACUGACUGAGAGAGGUCGUGUUUGCUGUAGAAGCCAAGACGUGGAUGCCAGAUUUCAAUUUUGUAAAUUAGAUAAGAGAUAAUCGUAGAGGUCAAAGAAAGAAUAUUUCUUCACCGCAUAGAAUUGAAGAAAAAACAAAGUCUCCAUUUUAAUUGGUUUAUUACUGCUCACAGCCUUGGAAACUUUUCUAGUGUAUUUUGAUACCAUUUAAUCUUUUCACAAUGACGAUGGCAAGCCUAUUCUCCUUUACCAGCCCAGCUGUAAAACGGCUUUUGGGCUGGAAACAAGGGGAUGAAGAGGAGAAAUGGGCAGAAAAAGCAGUUGAUGCUCUGGUAAAAAAGUUGAAGAAGAAAAAGGGAGCCAUGGAAGAUUUGGAGAAAGCAUUGAGCAGUCCUGGUCAGCCCAGCAAAUGUGUCACCAUCCCACGAUCUUUAGAUGGCCGUCUUCAGGUAUCGCACAGGAAAGGCUUGCCGCACGUUAUUUAUUGCCGUGUAUGGCGCUGGCCAGAUCUUCAAAGUCACCAUGAGUUGAAGCCAUUAGAUAUCUGUGAAUUUCCAUUUGGAUCUAAACAAAAGGAGGUCUGCAUCAAUCCGUAUCAUUAUAAGCGAGUGGAAAGUCCAGUUUUGCCUCCAGUUUUGGUUCCAAGACAUAGUGAGUUUAACCCACAACACAGCCUCCUUGUCCAGUUUCGGAAUUUGAGUCACAACGAACCCCAUAUGCCACACAAUGCAACGUUUCCAGAUUCUUUCCAGCAACCGAAUAAUAAUCCAUUUCCAAUUUCACCAAAUAGCCCAUAUCCUCCAUCACCAGCCAGCAGCACCUAUCCCAGCUCUCCUGCCAGUUCUGGGCCAAGUAGUCCUUUCCAGCUGCCAGCUGACACCCCUCCACCUGCUUACAUGCCACCAGAAGAGCAGUUAAAUCAAGAUAGUACGCAACCUAUGGAUACAGGGAAUGUCAUGAUGACUAGCAUUCCUAAUCUUCCUAUUAUCUCUGCGAGAGAUGUGCAACCUGUUGCUUAUGAGGAACCAAAGCACUGGUGUUCCAUUGUUUACUAUGAGCUAAAUAAUCGAGUUGGAGAGGCCUUCCAUGCUUCCUCUACCAGUGUUUUAGUGGAUGGAUUUACCGAUCCAUCCAACAACAAAAACAGGUUCUGUCUUGGCCUUCUUUCCAAUGUAAACCGCAACUCCACCAUUGAGAACACCAGGCGGCACAUUGGUAAAGGUGUCCACUUGUACUAUGUGGGAGGUGAAGUCUAUGCCGAAUGUCUAAGUGACAGCAGCAUUUUUGUACAGAGUAGAAAUUGCAACUAUCACCACGGCUUCCAUCCGACCACCGUCUGUAAAAUCCCAAGUGGUUGCAGCCUGAAGAUAUUCAACAACCAAGAGUUUGCUCAGCUUUUAGCUCAGUCUGUCAAUCAUGGCUUUGAAGCAGUUUAUGAACUGACCAAGAUGUGCACCAUUCGCAUGAGUUUUGUUAAGGGUUGGGGUGCAGAAUACCACCGCCAAGAUGUAACCAGUACACCAUGUUGGAUAGAAAUUCAUCUUCAUGGUCCACUACAGUGGCUGGACAAAGUUCUUACCCAGAUGGGCUCUCCUCAUAAUCCAAUCUCGUCUGUAUCUUAACAGUGAAAUAUGAUCAACAGGGCUGUGGAAAACCAGUGGGGUGAAACCUUAUUUAACUGGACACUGUGAAAGAUUACUGGAAGAACAAUAAGAACAACUCAAAUGGCAAUCUUUAAGAUUUUAUGACCAAUCGUUGAUUGCUUUGCCAUACUAAUACUUUCAGUGGUAUUUAUAGUGUAUUGCCAUCUGCUCAAUGCAGCUGUUAAUGUUAAAUACUGUUGAUGAAUAACAUUAGAACUUUUGUGAUACUUUAAAUCAGAAUGCUUCAACAUAUUGCUUUGCUGUGAAGUCCAACUGUAUUGAAUGAGCUGUAUAUACAUUUUAGGUGGUUAAUUAUGGGCAGUAAAAGUAGAUCUUUAGUAUGAUGAUGCUAAUAACAUGUUUUUUUCAAUUAUGUUAGCAUCUUAUGAAAAUUGAUUUUUUUAUUACAAUUCCAGGGAAAUUAACUAUCAAAUGGGAUUCUGAUCAGCUGUGAGGUUUCUCCAUUUGGAACAUUAUUUCUUGCAUUUGCCAAAAUGAAUAUGGUAAUUUUCUCAGAAAUGCAGCAAAAUGCAAGCCUGUUCUGAACAUUGUUUUUUGAAACAUUGAGCUGCCUGUAGAAAAGCAUUUCCAUUUGUCAUCUUAUAGAUGACGUUUAUUACAUCUAGUGUUGGGAGGAGUCUUACAUUUUGUAUUAUAUAUUCACAAGCUUGGAGAUGUAUCAUAGUAUGUAGAACUCUUUAGUCCAGCAGGCAUUGUAGUGAGCUUUUACAUAACGAAUGAAGAUGUCUUUGUUGGACGACUAUAGGCAUUACUAAUCCUUAAUACUAGGGAAUGUGCUGGUGAACCUAAGGAUACAGUUUGUAGUGCAGCAUGUAGUCAUUGCAGCAGGCCCAUACUUCCAUAACUGCAAGUAUUUCUGUUGCUGUAGGGUUGGAGACCACCUACAAAUUUGCAUGCAUUAAAACAUUGCAUAUUUUAAUUCAUUCUUGCCUAUCUAUUCCUAACAAUAGAUGCUGCAAGAGAGCAUUAAAAUAAUUUGUCAAGUUCCUCUCUGUCUUAAGUUGACUGGACAACAGCCUGGUUUGUAUUAUGUAUCAAAUAAGCUAGAAUUUUUCUCUUGGCAAUGCCUCUCUGAUAUCAAGCUAUUUACACAAAUGUAGUUUAGGAUUGUGGAUUGUUAUCAGGCAUGCUUCUGUUAAUUUCAUCUGCAACUAUACUUCAUCUGCUCGUCACUUUGACAUUUCAUUAAAGAGCAGCGCAAACAAAAAAAUGGAGAAAAUCUUCAUAAUACAGGUAAUGUAACUAUUAUUUUUUUUUGGGGGGGGGGGGGGGAGAUCUAGGUGUCAUUGGCAAGGCCGACAUUUAUAGCCCGUCCCUAAUUCCCUUGAUGGUAAAGUGUUGUCUCGAACUGCUGCUAUCCUUCUGCUGAAGGAGUUUCCACAGCGUUAUUGGGCAGUAAGUCACAGGAUUUAAACCUCGAGAUGGACUGACGAAGUAUGGUGCUCAGCCUAGAGAGGGACCUACAGGUGGUGUUUCUCCCUGUGUGCUGCCCUGAACCAUAUCGGUGAUAGAGAACGAGGAUUUGGGCAUUCCCGUCACGUGAUAUUUUCCACAGUAGAUGAAUGCUGCAGGCAGGAACUCGGCAUAAGAUGUUUCCUUCAGGUGCUAGGUCUUUAUAAAGCCACAUGAAACUCUCACUAACUUGUAUGGCGAUUUGCUGUUAUUGUAGCUUGAUCUGCUUGUGAUAGCAGCAGUAUUGGCAGUGAAACCUCACGACAGUAUAAAUUGGUAAAUCCUGCAUUAUGUGCAUAUUAAUUCAUCGUACUUGUUCAAAUUGUAUUUUUGUCAUUAUUUUACAUCUGUUUAGUGUAUGAUAAGAAAUUAGUGUUUUUUUUUUUAAAGCUACCAUUGGCAAAAUUGUUGAGGAGGGAGUUAGUAACUUUUAAACAAGAAUUGUCUACAGAAAACGGUACUGUUCUAUGUUCCAUGUUUGUGCAUCACAAGAUGUUCUCCAUUUCUCUAGCGACCCCCCAUUUAUCAGGCUAAUGCUGAAUAGGACAUGAGUGCUGAUGUAAAAGUGGUGGUUGAUAAACUGGAUGAAACAUUCGACUCUUGUAAAGUUAGCUCUUUUCCAAGAAAAAGGAAACCUGGGAAAAAAAAUAGGCCAUUGGGCAGUUGUUUUCCUAAAGCACCUUCAGCUCAUCUGCACCAUUCUCUUUACCUCCCCCAGACCCUACAAAAAAUAACUUCCUUAAUUUAGAGCUGGUCCGGGUUCAGAGUUAGGUUUAUAAAUGGGAUUGACCAUAUCCUAAUUAAAAUCUGGCCAUUGCCUUCUGGUAUUCUUCACUGUCUUUCACUUUUGAUCUCAAUGUUCUGGCAGUACAAAUUGCUUUGGUGCUGAUAAAGAUUUAGCAUUUUUAAAUAUGCAAAUCUGUCUCGAGCUUUAUUUUACAUACACGCAGUGGGAAGAUUUGAACAGGUUUGAGUCCACACAGCAUAACAAUUUGUGUACUGUUAGAAUUCCUUUAAUAAAGUCAAUGCUUUUGCCUGUAA